UCCUACGUAUGUGACAGAGGGAGAACAAUGUUUCUCUCAUGGCUUGCGCUUCUUUUUUCAAUCCUGGGCGCGGUUACUGCCGUGGAUAUUUGUAGCGACUAUCCCAAACCUGAUCCGUGCCUUCCUGGAGGAGAAUGGGACCCGGUUCUGAACAGCUGUUCCGGUUAUGAUGGGCGAAGUUGCUUCCAGUGCUACUCUGGACAGUUCUGCAAAACUCGUGAAGACACGCUUACCUGUCAGCUUUCCAGUACCGGGGGAAACCCUCUGGUGAUUGCCCAGUUCUGGCUCCUGAACUCAACCCAGGAACCAUGCUCAACUACCCUGGCUCACUAUAGACCUGCCUACCAGAACCCCCCAGGUGUACCACUCCCUCCACUUGAAGAUGCAAUCAGAAAACUACAUGCAAUUUCCCAAAAUGUAGACACAAGCGGGAGGCAACUGAUAGGAGGAUUUGGAGCAACCAUGAUGCUUCAUGCAACUGUGGCAGCCCUGUCAGAAAUGAUCCUCAAGAACUGUACGUCCAACUGCCCUCCAGUAGUUGAUGUAAUGGCCCAGCCCCCAUACUACGACAACUAUCCAUACAUAGUGGGUAUAGUACAGACUGCGAGGUGGAACACAUCAGCGGAUCCUACAUCUCCAUACACCAUUGAGAUACUCACCUAUCCAAACAACCCCAAUGGUGUACGAAGAAAUCCACUUGUCAAGAAUCCAAAUCAUGUCAUCCGUGACAUGGUGUACUACUGGCCAAUGUACACGGACAUAGACACCACCAUAUCGGAACCCAUCAUGAUAUUCUCCAGCUCAAAGCAUGAAGGUCUUGCAGGCACCAGGUUUGGCUGGGGGCUCUAUCAAGACUCUGUCCUUGCUCAGAAUGUGGCACAAGUGGUGAACGUACUUACACUGGGACUAUCAGUAGAUGUUCAGCUACGAGUUCUUGCAAGUAUACAAGCUAUCAUAGGUCACUGACUUUAUACUGUGUCUUCAGGAGAAAAGCUAAAUCCGUCUGGCCUGCUACCGUUCCAUGAGGCCGGCCGGACUGUAAUGGAGUCACGAUUUGCCAAGCUGUCAGAGGUCUUGACAUGUGCCACUCUCACCAACUACCCUUCUUCCUCACACGGUGCAUAUGCCUGGGUCCAGUGCAAGGAAGGGUUGAAGUGUCUGGACGUCUUUGCCAGUGUCAACAUUAUUGCCGAGGACGGUGCUCUGUUUGGAAGCACUUCACAAUAUGUACGGUUGAGUAUGCUAUUGCCUGAUGCAGAGUUUGAGAUACUCAUCGACAAAGUGAAAGCACUAUGUAGCAGUUGAGGUUUUAUUAUAAUUAAUAUCUGAAACCUUUUGAUAUCAUUGUGGGUAUAAUUGUAACUCUAUUGUUAUUGCCAUAAAAAAAAUUAGUUAGUUGAUGUUGUUCUACCCAGAACUAGCCUUCCUGGACAAGCAUGGUCCCAGGAUGUUCAUGCCAAAGGACAACACUUGCCUUUUAACUCAUCUCCAGA